AUGCUUCAGGAAAGCGAAGUAUUCCGAGAAAUCGAGCUGGGAGUGUUUUUGCAGUUCCGAUAUAAAGCAGGGCUCAUGGCUAACUCCCUAGAGAUUCAUAUCCUCGAUGAGACACGAUAUGAAAGUGUACUCGGUACGGAUCCCAGUACACAGCUACCAUAUAUGCAAGGAAGUGUUGAGAUCACUCGACAAGAAGUUGAAAUCGGUUCAAGUCAUCUAGAAGAUUUCGCCUGUCAAUGUUAUGCUUCGGGAGCUAGCGACUCCCAUGUCGUUCGAUCAGACCCGGCCCAUGUACGGAUCGCAUGCGGAUCAAUUUUGAGGGUCCAGGGACUGAAGAAGUGGGUGGAAAUUAGCGUUGAUGAACAGACAGUCAGGACCGGUUUCUGCAAAUUCUGA